GUUUUUGAAAGUGUUUUAUUGACAUAAAGAAGCCGAGAAUUAAUGGUGAAAAGCAGCAGUCCCAUCGGAAGAGGGGAGGGGAGACGUGGUGCUGGUGUGUCCCAGCCCUCUGCAUCCAGCUGGUGCGUCGCUUCGCAGCAGUAGCGCGCCACACUCACCAUGGCUGUAGCCGCAAGCAGGACGCUCUUGGCGCUAUUUGUUACGUUUUGCGCACCAGGAUGCGGAUGGACAGCAGAGAAGCCCCUGCGGUCACACAAUGGGAAACAGACAUCUGUGGAUAAGGGCCUGAGAGAGAGCUGGGAGCCUUCUAUUCAUCUGGAUGGAAGACCUGUGGACCGCUUCGUCAUCAACGCCAACAAACCCACAAGGUCUCACCGCUUCACAGAAGUGGGGAAGACCAGUCGCUCUCCUCUACUGGAGGAUGUAGACCCUGAAUGGGUUAACCUGGAUGGCUUUGCUGUUUUGGGCGGUACACCUGUCAGCAACACAUCAGCAGGUCCAGCCAGGUCACCACAAACUGCUGCCAGAAAUCAGCCCUCUUCAAAGCGGGCCACCAGGGUGGACAGAACGGCUCACCCAUUAGGCGUGUCUAAGACACGGACACACAAGAGGGCCCCUCAGUCCUCCUCAGGUCCCAGGCAGCCUGAGAGAGCUUUGGCAGGAGCUCCCCCGCUGGAAAGGAGACGCCAACACCACAUCAAGCCACAAUCUGACCAGAGAAACCGAAACACACAAAAACUAACAUCUGAGUCCGUUCAUGUGGUGUCACUGCAGGCACAGAAAGCCCAGGGCCAGAGCGCAGCCGGCAGCAGAGCAGUCGCAACCAAAACAACCACACCAGUGCCACCGGAGUACGAGGCCCAGGACAUCAGUGUCAGGGUCAUGUCUCCUCAGUCGGUCCUCAUCUCCUGGGUUGACCCUGCUGUUGAGAUGGGGAAGGUCGGCCCCAGGGUAAUCAGAUCCUACACAGUAAGGUACAGGGAGAAGGGUGAGUCAGCACGUUGGGAGUACAAGGACAGCAACCAGAGGAGGAUAAUGAUAGACUCCCUGUCUGCUGAUGGCAUGUAUGAAUUCUCUGUCAGAAUCUCUCAGGGAGAAAAUCAGGGAAAGUGGAGCGUCUCCGUCUUUCAGAGGACCCCUGAAUCAGCACCAUCUGGGCCACCAGAGAACUUCGAGGUCAAGCCACUACGAGGCAAAGGAACUGCUGUCAUAGCAACAUGGGAUCCACCUGAAGAACCCAAUGGAAGGAUAAGAGAGUACAUCCUGUCUUAUGCUCCUGCUAUGAAGCCAUUUGGAAUGAAAAGUGUGACGUACCGUGGCACCACAGCCACCAUAGAUGGCCUCACACCAGGAGACCGGUACAUCUUCAAGAUCAGAGCAACCAACAGGAGGGGUCAGGGACCACAGAGCAAGGUCCUCAGUGUUGUCAUGCCAAGAUCCAGCAGCGCUGCCUCUUCGUUCUCAAAAACCAAGGACAGCAGCAAGACUAGCCACACUCUUUCCAAACAGGAUACUGACCAUGAUGAACCUGACCUGCAGUCAACAGAUGCAACAGAAGAACCAACCAAGCCCCCUCAGCCACGCCCUGCUGCACCUGUCAACGGCCGUGUACGCCCACUUUCCCAGUCACGCUCCUAUCACAGCAUCUUCUCCGCUGUAAGGGGCUCAGUCAGAAACACAGUGAACAGAGGGUCGUCCAGAGGAAAAGCUCAAGAUAGAGAAGAUAAGGAGGUAGAAGAAGAGAAAAAACCCACAACGCCGUCUCCGGUAGAAGAGACGACAACCAUGGAGGUUGUACCGGAGAGAAAAGAACCCGACAACGAUGUUUCCCCUGAAUUUGAAGAUGAAAUGGGAUAUGAUGAAAAGCCUCUGACUACUGUGACCCCCAGCCUCAAAGUUUUGACGCCCUCCCCAACUAAACCUCGUCCCAAUCCACCACCCAGAAGGCCCAUUAAGAUCAGGGUCCAUCAAAAACCAGGAUCCAAGCCUGCUUCUUCCUCUUCAUCUUCUUCUACUUCAUCCUCCUCAUCCACUUCCUCCUCUUCUUCUGAUUCCUCCUCAUCUUCUACUUCACCUUCUACAACCUCAUUAUCCUCCUCCUCACAUAUUCAAGAGUCCACAGCCAGUAGAAAGGACUAUGUGGCUUCCACAGACCCAGAGAGCAAAGACAUCCACGAUAAGUCCAGGUUAACACAUACAAAUCCCUCCUCUACAGUUGUAAAAGAAACCAAUUUACAGCAGACAGAGGCUACAUCUGUUGGUAGAGGUUCGGCUUCAGCGGGGCGCACCAAUGGGUCUGGGUUGGGCUCUAGAUAUAGUUACAUUCGAAGACGUCCUGGAAUUUUGUUUAGAGGGAAUUCAACUCGAAAGCUGAAUGAUUACAAACCUGCAGUCAUCUCACAGUUGAAUUUACCAAGCAGGACUUCGAACCCAGCAACUUCAAACCCACAUAGUUCAGCAACAUCACAGUCCACUUUACCAGACAGGACCCCAAACAAUGUAAUAUCACAUACUUUCAAUUCAGCAACAUCCAGGUCCGCUUCAGGAAGUGAAACCCACAGCCAGGCAACAUUAGAUGCAUAUAAUGUUGACAAAUCACAUUCCACAUCAGGGUCUAGAUCUAAAGGCUCUACAACUUUGCAGAGCUCAAGCACCAAUCCAUCCACUUCACAGAGCAGCUCAAACAACCCAUCCAACACAGACACAGCAGGCUCUUCUCAGUCAACUUCACACAGAGGAUCUCAUAGCUCUGCAACUUCACACAACACACAGAGUUCGCGCACAUCACUUGAGCGAGACACAACAUUCAGGGAGGGAAAUGGUGACACUAAUUACAAAAGCACAGACGCAGAAAUAACCAAAGUUAAAGAGCCUACUUCAAGCUCUAUACCACAACCCACAGAGGAGAGAGGGAGUGAAGAGAAAGAGUAUGAAGAGGGAAGGGAAAUGAGACGUAAUGAAAACCCUGUGGUUCCUCGUACUGGAAUUAGCCCCUCAUUUGCUGAAAAGUUCCCUUGGCUAGCUAGCCGUUACCCAGGCAAGUUUGGUUUAGGGACAAGAGGUUCAUCUUCCAGGCAGGAUGGUAGGACCCCCUUGAACAGGACAUCAUCCUCCAUGGGCAGACCCGUAUUAAGGGGGACACCCACGAGGGUUUCAGGGGCCACAGGUGCUGCAGGAGUAUCCAUGAUACAGCAGACUAGUGAAUAUCUGAGGACUGACAACUUACUAAAGAAUGGGGUGGGAGUGGGUUCAGUUAAGCCUUCUUUGACCAAUCAAAAUACAGCAUCUAGUGAUGCUAGGAACCUUGCUACCUCAUCCUCUUCAUCAUCUUCCUCUUCAGCAGCCACUUCUUCAAACUCUGAUUCCCAUCAUUCCUCAGGUGGACACAGAGACUCAAGUGAGCAUGUCCAUAGAGGAACCUCUAAUGACAAUGAUAACGGUCAUAAUGAAGAUUAUCUCAAUGAGAGGAGUAGAGACAUCAGUGGGAAAAAUGAUAAAGUUGCAUACCCCACAUCAGCCCAAAAGAAUCCUACUAUAACUCCAGCUGACCCUAACAGAAACGUAGAGGACAAUGAUAGUGUGGAUACAAGGGAAUCUUUUUCCAAGACAAGACCUGGCUCACCGCAUAUUCAUCGUCCAGGUAUGGGGUUGAACGGUAGGGUGCGCUCUCCUCUGCUUGCUAACACGCAGUUUGGUGGAUCUAGGCUUCCCAUCAGACCACAGCCAGCACAGAACUCAAGGCUGGGUUCUUCAAAGUCAGAUUCUUCCUCAUCAUCAUCUGACUCCUCUUCUUCCUUAAAUGUGCCCCAGCCAGUUUUGACCUCAGAUCGUGACAUUGGCAGUGGCACUACUGUGACAAAGACAGGCGGAUUAAAAAACUUAAGGGGCCAGGGGGGAAGGUCUCGCUAUCCCAUCAGAGGGAAACCAACCAAUGGAGGACAACCCAAGCCUGCUAAUGGAAACGGUAAAAAUGGACGACCCAACCUGACAGCAACACGUGAUAAAGAGACCUCAUCCUCUCAUGGAACCAGCAAGGCCGUUCCUCAAAGGUUUAUCACUGGACCUGAUGGAACCAAAUGGGUGGUAGACUUGGAGAAGGGGGUUCUUAUGAACCAGGAAGGACAAAUUCUCCAGGACUCCCAGGGCAAACCUAAGAGAGUGGUGGUUGGAGAGGAUGGACGCACGAUUUUUGACCACAUGGGCAGUCCCCUGGUAAACCAGGACGGUAUGGCUCUGUUUGGUCACGGCCGAGACAGCCGGCCUGUGGUCAACCCCAAAGACAAGAUCCUCAUGAUUGGAGGGAAACCUGUACUUGGCUUGGACCUUCCUCACCUCAAGUCCACCACCACCACCAUGGUUCCUACCACCACACCUGAACCCACCACCACUGAGUGGAUCACAGAAGAGUCCACCACUGCACAACCAUACCCAUCCUGUCCACCUGGAACCUUCUCCAAAACAGAUGAAUAUGGGUCUCCAGUGCUGGACCCAGAAGGAAUAUUGGACUGUUAUCCAGAAGAGGAAUCCUCAGGAAUGGAAAUGGACCACACGGUUUCAGUGACCAUGGUGCCUGAUGCUUUAGCUCUUAAGAAAGAUGAGCUUUUUGUCCAGACCACCCUGCCACCCACAACCACCAGCACUACAACAACCACCACAGAAAUCCCGACUCCGGAGCCAGACACCAGACCCUCCAACCACGGCCCGUCAUCUGAGUUUGACCUCAGUGGGAAGAAGCGAUUCACAGCUCCCUAUGUGAACUACAUCCGGAAAGACUUGGCUUCUCCUUGCUCCUUGACGGAGGCUCUGGAGUAUCUUCAGGUCGACGUCCUAGAAGACUUGAUAGAGAAGGACAGCAUUUCAGCCAAUCAGAAACAGCCUCCCAAGAACAAGCCUCAUAACUUCACCGUGGUGGCCAUGGAGGGCUGCCACUCAUUUAUCAUCCUGGACUGGGGCCGCCCACUGAAAGAUGAUAUGGUGUCAGGCUACAUGGUCCACAGUGCUUCAUAUGACGAUAUCCUCAACAAUAGAUGGUCCUCUCGACCCGCCAGCGGGACACACCUGCCUGUGGAGAAUCUCAAACCCAACUCUAGGUACUACUUCAAAGUGCAGGCCAAGAAUGUGUUUGGUUUGGGACCCUUCAGCGAUACACUCACCUAUGUCACCGAAUCAGAUGAUCCUCUUCUCAUCGAAAGACCUCCUGGUGGAGAACCAAUCUGGAUCCCCUUUACCUUCAAGUAUAACUCAGCCCACAGCAGCUGUAAGGGCAGCCAGUAUGUCAAGCGGACAUGGUACAGGAAGUUUGUGGGUGUGGUUUUGUGUAACUCUCUCAGAUACAAGAUCUUCAUGGGAGAUGGUCUUAGAGAGCCCUUUUACAGCAUAGGAGAUACAUUUGGCCAGGGAGAUGACCAUUGCCAGUUUGUGGACUCCUACAGGGACGGAAGGACAGGUCCGGCCUACCUCUCAAAUAAUCUGCCAUCAGCACAAGGAUUUUAUCGCGCCUACAGACAGGAGCCAGUUUCAUUUGGAGUUAUUGGCCGACGCACAGCCCAUCCAUUCGUGGGCUGGUAUGAAUGCGGGGUGCCCAUUCCCGGGAAGUGGUAACACAGGAGGAGUAGGAGACAUUGUUACCGAGGGCAACCCUUCUGCAUCCUGCUGCAGGCUCUUACCUUCACUGGUCUUGCCCUUAAAAACAGACUUUUGCCUGCUACAAUGAAAUGACACCACUACGAAUUUAUUACAUCUUCACGGAAAGAGAAUAUAGUACUUUUUAAACAACUUAAUGUUUAUCAUUACAAUGCACUUUUUUUAUAUAAAGCAGUCUGUAUAUGAGGGAAAAAAGAAGCAUGUGUGCUCUUGCUUAGUGUAACUCUUGUCUUAAAGUGUCCUUGUACUAUUCCCAGCUAUCCCAGAGACAGGUCCUCACCCAGUGUUAUUUAUCUCAUCAAUAAUGCACACACAUGGCCAAACCAGUGACAUUGGACCAAAGCACAAGCUGCAAAGCAAACUGUAAGAAUGGAUACUCAAGGUGUGUAUAGGUCUGUUCAUUUUUAAUCGUGAGAUUUGAAUUUCAUAAUGUAACAGCUUCUGAGAGCUGCUUUUUGUUUGUUUAUUUGUGUUCCUAAACCAUCAAACUGUUUGUUUGUGUUUAACACCUUUUUGGUAUUCAUCAGAAUUCAUUAAAAGUUACUGUGUAAGUUUUGUAAGUAUACGGACAAAGAAUAAAAGAUCAAAUAUUUGCUCAGGAAUUGUGAGAGAUUGAAUAAAGGUGUUAUGGAAAACACAGCAA